AGCUGAUCAAGGCACAGAAGGAGAGUCGCGCGAAGGAGGUCCGAGCAUUGAUUCACUAGAAGCUCGAACUCCGGUGAAUCUAUAUACUCCAACUGCUCACUGCCAUCAACAGCAGUCUAGGAUGUUACGCUCCGCAUUCUUUUUAAAAUUCAGUUUCAUGCCUUUUUUAAGAUGAUACAUAUGUGUUUUUUUAGACAUUUUAAUCGUUUAUUGUAAUGCAAGGAAUAACUUACCAAAAAUGUUCGGGAGGAACUUUUUCGGCGGGGGAUGCCAGCAGCCAGUCGACCUAGCCGGACACCUGAAAGAGGAUUAUAAUAUCAGGGUGCCGUUUGAUGCUCUUGGGGUUUCCACCCGUCGGAUUGCGGAUUAACCGGCUUCCCCCAUCAUGGGAGGACGCGCUUUCGGGCCUCCACCCCACGCGCUGCCCGAGCGCGGCGCGUUGGUUCCGCGCGUGGCCUCUCGGGUUGCUCCUGUCGGACACAGUUCCGUGCAGCACCCUGGCCGCUUUCAGCCUGGGAAAUACUACCCAUCUGCCGUGCCGAUGGCUCCGCAUUCAGGUAGUGGAUUGAUAGGUGGUUCCUCCUUCAUGGGCUCUUUCCUGGCCAGCAGUCUGGGUUCCCCCCCCUCCCACUCUGCCCCCCCCUCAGGGGCCCCACACUCCCCCUCCUCCCCCUCCUUACACAGUGGGCCCCACUCCAGCCCUUCUCAGAUAUGGUUCCCCCACCAAGCUCCUGCAGGGUUUCCACAAUUCUCUGGAAGAAUUGCACACAGCUUCCUUCCCAUCAGCCACCUGGAUCACCAUGGCAACAGCAGCGUCCUCUAUGGACAGCACCGUUAUUAUGAUAGUCAGAAUGAUCCAUUCUAUCUCAGGAGUCUCCCCUCCCAGUCUUCCCUUCUCUCAGCCAAUCACAGCUUUCCUCCUGUGCCCCCCACAGUGGGGUCCUGCAGCCAUGAGCGGGACUCAGGGGGCGGGGCCAGCCUGCAUAAGGGCCUGAAGGAGGGCGGGGCCGAACUGGGGCCGGCCCCCAAAGAGAAGGAGAGGCCCAGCAGCAAGCAGGAAGCCAGGGAGCGAGUGCAGCAGGCUCACGCCCACCUGCAGCCCCGCCCCCACCACGCCCACCCACAGCCCCGCCCCCUCCACGCCCACCCCCACCAGCUCCCGCCCCUGCGACCUGCCCCCCUGCAGAAGGACAGCCCGCUGGCCCGGGGAAAGCCCCUGAGCGCCUGCCUGCUCAACGAGGGAGGGGCCCAGGGCUCUCUCUCCAGCUGUGGGGCAGGGGUGGGGGCGGGGCCCGGCAUGGGCGGGGAGAUGAGGAUCAGCGAGCAGCCCUGCCUGGAGAGGGGGGGUAACCCUGGGGGCUUCCCCUGCCCGCACCCCCACCCUUCCGAAUUCUACUGCCCGCCCCCACCCCCCGCCCCCUCGCUGCUGACGGGUCCCACCUUUGUGCCAUCUGUGGCACCCUUUGGAGACAGGAGCAGUGGACCCUUCCAGCUGGGGACCCCUGAGUGCCGGGGGCUGGGGGCUGGGGGGGGCAGCCCAGGGGGGAACGCCAAGGACAGGGUCCUGGAGAAGAGCGGUAACCAUGGUAGCGAAGGUGGUAACCAUGGCGGCGCUGCUCCUACCGGAACGUGCCUGAGGAAACAGCAGCAGCAGGGCUAUAGUAAGGCAGCAUCCGAUUGGCUGCAUACCCACCAGCAGCUGCAUGUCUGUAGUAAGGUAGCCCCUGAUUGGCUGCAGAACCACCAGCAGCAGCACCCCCUGGUUGACAAACCUGGGCCCUGUACAGGCCCUCCCCCUCAGCAGAACUGCCCCCACUCACAGCCCCCUGAUGGGAAGGGUGUGGCCCAGUUCAGGACCAGGGCAGGGGGUGGGGCAGGGGGCAGAGUUACCCUACAGCAGGAUGUGCAGAAUGUUGCCAGGAUACGGCACCAGCCCCCCGACCCGCCGCCCUGGGCCUCGGAGGGGCACCAGCCCCCGGCGGGGGGGGAGGAGGGCCAUCGUAAGGCCACCCGGCAGCAUGGCCAAUCAGAGCAGGAGCCAGGGAUGGCCUCUCCCCCUGCCCCGCCCACUUGCAUGAAGAGCCUACUGAGGCACAGCAGCCCCCAGCCCCCCCCUCCCUCCCAGAGCUCCGCCUUCGGGGGCCUGGGCUGCCUCAGAUCCCGGGGCGGGGCUGGGGGCAGGGCAGGGGGCGGAGCCAACUGCAGCCGGCCAGAGGACCGACAGACCCUGCCCACCAGGAAGGGCUCAACCAAUGAGGAGCCGAGGUCAGAUCUAGGUGGGCGGGGGCGGGAGGACACCCCCCACGCGGAGGGUGAAGUGCGCCAGCCGCCCGUGGGCAUCGCAGUUGCCGUGGCAAGGCAGAGAGAGCCGCCCUGCCGGCCGCCGGACCCCCAUGUUCGACCGGGGAUGGGGCACUCGGCGCUGAAAGGUGCUCGACUGAUCCCCCAUCUGGUCUGUGCAGAUGUGUGUCAAGGCAAGAGGAGGAGGGUCUGUGAAGAUGCGCUGAGCUCGCCCUGCCUGGAGAGAGAGAGAGAGCUGUUCAUCCGGGAAAACAAAGAAAGGAUCGAUUACUCCAGAAUCCAUCCCUCCAGCAGUUGCCACAGCGACCUGGCCUCCCACCUCAUGAUGGUGGGUGGGACUUCCCUGCAUGCCAGCCAAUUAGGAGCUGACCCUGCCACGCACGCCCAUGCUCCACAUCAUCACUGGAUGCCCCGAACAGGAAGUCCUUCCCUGUGGAUGACGGGACAUUCUUACGGUAUUGGCCACCUGCACCAGAACCUCCCACCAGGCUUCUCGGCUGCCAUGCCCAGUGCCCUGCAGCCGGUGCUGCCCCUGCCCCAGGACCCAUCUGCCCAGCUGGUGGUGCUGCCCACUGAACCCCCCACCCACCCAACCUCCCAUCCCCUGGAGAUGAUAGACCAGUCAGGCUUGUGGCCCUCAGUAUUUGGGGCCCAGGUGGCGCACCCCAGUGUGUACAACCGCUCACAGUUUCUACGGCAGCAGGAGCUGUACACCCUGCAGCAGCAGCAGAGGGAACGGGUUGCCCAGAUGAUGGAGUCACAGCACAGACACGCCCACUCACAGGUGCAGAGGACACUGGAUGACCCCCCUGAGCCGGACGCCCCCAGGGCCAGGCCCCACUCCCCCAAACCUGCUAAACCCUUCUCCUUUACCCCCUCCCCCCCCGCAGGCUGCCCCACCCGACUCUCUCCCUGCUGUCACUCACCCUCCCUACGACCACACCCCAAGAGCACGCCUUGCCCCGCCCCCUGCCCCGCCCCCAGCCCAGCCACUGCCCCCCGCUCCCCUGCCCUCACCCCCACCCCCCCACACCCCUCCCUGGACAAGAGAGUAGAGGGACAGCCACCACAGGAUUACCCACAAUCCUUAGAGCCAGACCUGCCACCUGAGUAUACCUAUUCCUCUAUAGGUUACAGGAGAGGCCCUUCCCCCCAGGACAUUUUAUUGGCCGAGCCUGCGGACCUGGAGGCAGUGCAGGUGGAGCCGGCCCCUCGGCCCCGCCCCCUCCCGGCUGUAGGGGCGGAGCCUCGGUGUGAUGGAGAUUUCAGCCCCAUCAUGCGUGUGAUGGAGGAGGCAGAGCCUAAUGCUGCUGAGCGGAGGGAGGGUGUGGAAGGAGGCGGGGCAGAGAAGUACCUGGGCCAGGAAGGGGAGGAGCCAGACGUCAUCGAGGUGUGCCCCACUUUGGCGGUAACCCAUGGAGACAACCCCCCUGUGACCUGCCGGGAUGGGUGGGGGGAACCUGCAGAUGAGGGGGUGGUAGAGCUGAGUGACGAUGAGGAGCAGGAGGAAGGCACAGCGGAGAUGGAGACAGGGGAUGAGGUGUACCUGCACCUGUGUCCUGAGUCCACACCUGUCCCCCACUCCACAGAGGAGACGAGGAGGGAGGCGGUCCCAGAUGAUCAUGCUCCGCCCAUACCGACAUCCUGCCCCGCCCCCACCUGCCAGGCCACUCCCACUAUCUGGAGCCUGGAGCUGCUGAUUGCUGCUGCUCUCUGUGGGGAGAGGGACACGCCCCUCCAGCACUCUGCCCCCCUGCCCCGCCCUGCUCACUCCAUGCCCUGCCCCGCCCACACCACGCCCUGCCCCGCCCAUGCCCCGCCCUGCCCCGGUUUCCAAGGAAUGGAGCUCUUGAGCGAGGUGGCUGACCUGGAGCUGCAUUACCACCAGAGCUCCGGGCGUGGCUAUGGGAAGGACAUGUUGACCUUUGACCUGCAGAGCUUGGCCACAUUGGCGGCGGCGCGUGCCCUGGAGCUGGGCGCUGGGGAGGGGGGCGGAGACGCACGCAGACACCGCGUACCGCGCAGGACGCUAAACCUGCGUAGGAAGUUCUCCUGGACCCCUCGCCAUGAUCCGGUGUCCCCAGUGAAGAUUGCCAUGGAGACGAUGGACGGACAGGAGGUGGCCAUGAGGAUGCAGCUGGCGGACCUGCAGAGGCGCUAUAAAGAGAAGCAGAGAGAGCUGGCCAAACUGCAGAGGAAACAUGAGCACCAGAAACAGGAGCCAUCUCGCAGUCCUGUACGGCGGGGACCAGGAAGGCCUCGCAAACGCAAAUCCACCCCCAGCGCUGCCCCAACACUGGCCCCUAAGAGAGCCAGGUCCCUGGGGGCGGGGCUUGGCCAGCUAAUGGACGACCUGAGAGGGAGUGUCAGCAGCCAGCGAAAAGAGAAAACCCUGUCCAAUCAGGUCUGGGCCCAGCUCCACACUGCACAGAGUGAGGUCCCUGUGUCUGUGGGCUGUAUGCCGGCUCAGCCAGUAUUCCAGCUGCUGAAGCAGAAGGCCGCAGCGAAUGGGGGUGCGGUCCUGGAGAGGGGGUUCCACCGCCGGGCCCCAGGGCCCCUCUGCACAGAGGGCAAACACUCCAGCACAGCCAGGGGCCACGGCAACACAGCCCUUGCAGGUAGAGGUGCACAGGAAGGCUGGGUGGGGCAGAUGCUGAUGCUGAGGCGGAACAGAACCAAGGCUCUGCAGACAGGACGCAGCACUGGGAAGAAACAGGAAGUGACAGAUACCUCCCACACAGAGAGCGAGUCUUCUCAGCGCGAGGAGGACAGCAGUCCGGACAGUGAUAAAGAACACUACAGCAAAGCCACUUCUACCGAAAACUCCUCAAUAAACCUGAAUCUGACUGGUCCUUCUCCCUCUUCAGUUGUGAAGCUGGAAGCCAAUCAGAAAGCAAAGAAUAAGAAGGAAAGGCAAGGGCUCCUGGGGUCUGUGAGAGUGCCCUGUAUGGAGGAGGUGAAGGUGAGGAGGAGAACCCCCUAUGGACCAGCCAUGGGUACUACACAGAAGAGGUUCCUGGAGCCAGAAGAGGAGGAGGAGGAGGAGGAAGGAGAGGAAGGAGAGGGGGACAAGCGGUGCAGGCAGCUCUGCCAACAGGGGUCGGGGCUCCAGGGCUCACUUGCCACCAGCAGGAGGCUGAAGAAACUCACGAGCAAGAGUAUAGCGCAGCAGAGCAUUAUGGGACAGGGUAAAGGUCGCGCGGUCAGCCGGCUGCUGGAGAGCUUCGCUGCUCAUGAGGGCUUCCAGAUGGACGAGGACAGCAGCUUCUCAGAGGGGGAGGAGCCAGGCCUCACCCCAGGGCGCAUGCCCCGCCCCCACAGGGAGACCCAUCAAGUCCUGCCAAGCUGUGUGCUCAGUAAGGAGCAGCUGGUGGAUGGGCUGAAGGUGCUUAUCUCCAAGGAGGAUGAACUCCUAUACGCUGCCUACCUGCGCACUCUAGACCUGCCUGACAUAUACAGUGUCGUUAUUGAGGGUGAAAGACGAAACCGACCAAGAAUUUACUCGCUGGAGCAGCUGCUGCAAGAGGCUGUGCUGGAUGUGCGGCCAGAGUCAGAGUUGGUGUUGGAGCAGGGAGCCCGUGUAUGUGCGUACUGGAGCGAGCGCUCACGCUGCCUGUAUCCUGGAUACGUGCACAGAGGGGGCCCUGGGGAGCAGCAGAAGGAGGGCAGUGUAAUGGUGGAGUUUGAUGAUGGAGACAGAGGCUGGAUCUCACUGCACAACAUCCGGCUUCUCCCUCCAGGCUACCAGAUCCGCUGUGCGGAGCCUGCCCCCACCCUCCUGAUGUCUGCCUGCCGCAGAAGGAGGAGCUUCACGCUGGAGAAGAGCACACUGACCAACACCUCCUCUGAUAGGCCCUACGACAGCACUGCCAAACCAGGGAUACCAGACAGUUGAACUCAGGGAGAAAGUGCACCCCCUCAGAGAGCAGCUGCCCCCCCCCUCAGCUGGCUCGCUGUGACCACGCCCAGGAGGCGGACCCCCCACAGCUUCUUCCCCCUCAAUGGGGCGCCCCGGAGGGCCCUCAAAAGGCAGGAGGCAGACUUUUCUCCCUCACUGGCCCCGCCCACAGCCCCGCCCGCCAAGCCCAUGUUCAGCAGCUCUUUUGAGGUGGACUCCUUCAGGAGCAUCGCCCACGGCUGCACCUCCUUCUCCGCCCGGCACACGCCCGCGCCCCUGGGGGGCGGCGAGGGGGGCAGGCCCUGCCGGGGGGGCAGCGGGUGCCCUGUCAAACUGGACCAUGAGGGAGUGACCGCACCCAAAACCAAGAGCAGCAAGGCCCUGCUGCAGCAUGGCGGCGGUAAGGCUGGCGGGGCGGGGUUUGGGUCCAAAGGGGGCGUGUCCUCCGCCGUGCGCUACGCCCCCCCGGUCCUCCUCACCAAAGCCAGUAAGAAGGGUGGGGCUGGGGGCGGGGCUCAGGCGGAACUGCUCCUCGGGGGGCUGUCCCAGCUGCACGCGCCCCCCCAGGCUCUGCCGAUGGAUGUAUUGGCAGAAUACGACAGCGACUGCCACAGCGACUGCCACGCCUCCUACUCUGACAUGGAGGAAGAGGAGGAAGAGGAGGAGCACCAGAGAGCCGCCAUGGCCGGCCAUUUCCUCUCCCGCCUCUCCAUCUUUUCCUCCUCCUCUGGCUCCUCCUCUUCCUCCUCUUCCUCGCUCUGCUCCUCCUCCCUCUGCUCCUCUGAGAACGACUCCUCCUACAGCUCUGAGGAUGAGGAGGGAGGCCCACUGCUCCUGCAGGGCUGCCUCUCCUCCCAUCAUGCACUGCUGCAGGCCCCCGAACCCCCGCUUCACUCCCCACCCGCUGCCCGUCACUCCUUUGGGGCCAAGGUUGCCGACGGAAACAAGCCAAUCAGGAGGAAGGAUGGCCCUGACUCCACUCCCUCCGCCAAGACACCCAGGGACCCCGCCAGAAGACAGAGGCAGUUGCCGGGCGACACCCUGCCCAAGGCCGGCCCCUACCCGUCCACCCACCAGCUCUGGAAGUGGUCUGGGAACCCCACGCAGAGGCGGGGAAUGAAAGGGAAAGCGCGGAAGCUGUUCUACAAGGCGGUGGUUCGCGGCCGCGACACCGUGCGCGUGGGAGACUGCGCCGUCUUCCUGUCCGCGGGCCGCCCCCACCUGCCCUACGUGGGCCGCAUCGAGAGCAUGUGGCAGUCCUGGGCCAGCAACAUGGUGGUGAAGGUCAAGUGGUUCUACCAUCCAGAGGAGACCAAGAUGGGCAAGAGGCCCCGAGACGGCAAGCAUGCCUUGUACCAGUCCAGUCAUGAGGAUGAGAAUGAUGUGCAGACCAUUUCGCACAGGUGCCAGGUGGUGAGCCGGGCGGAGUACGAGUAUCUGAGCCGCGGCAGGAAGCUGCCGCACAGCGCCCAGGACCUGUACUACCUGGCGGGUACCUACGACCCCGCCAGCGGGCAGCUGGUCACCGCCGAGGGCGAGGCCAUCUGCUGCUAGCCCCGCCCACCUUGCCGCUGAAAGGCCCCAGGACAUGUGGCUGAGGCAGGGGCGUCUGUGGAUUUGCCUGAGGGGAACGGAGGGCCAUUGGAGCUCUAUGCUGUCACGCACCCAAGGGCAUGCUGGGAAAACCCAAUCAGAGUGACUGCCCCGCCCUGCACCGCGAGGUUUAGGAGUACAAAUUUAGCUGUUGUACUGGUUUCCCAGAGUCAGGGCAUUCAACAGGAGGGGCACUGAAGGGUGAGGGGUCAAGGGUGAAGGGUCAGGUUUGAAGGGCUUUGUAACUGACUUAACUGUUCAAACCAACAGAUUGUGCUGGUUAUGAAGAAACUGGAGAGACCACAUGCCCGUCAGCACAGCUUUUACUGUCAGCAGGGUGUGUGUGAGUGUGUGUGUGUCUGUGUGUGUGUGUGUGUGUGUCUGUGUGUGUGUGUGUGAGUAUGUGUGUGUGUGUGUG